UCUCUCUCUCUCUCUCUCUCUCUCACACACACAGCUUUUAAUGUGUUCUUUAGCUGUUACAAAAUGUAAAUUAGAACGUUUGGUCGUUUCCUUUCUACUUCAAUAUUACCACCAAGUUACUAACACCAAAAUCCCGUGUAUUAUUUUCUCUCUCUUCUUCUUGCACUCUUGGCAUCGAGAAGGUGUGAGAGGCAGAGAAGUGGUGGGGUUGAGUAGCUGAGACCUUUUUGGCACCUAUGCUGGGUCUGUUUGAGAGGUCUCAGAAGAAGUGGUUUGAAGAAUAUGAAUUAGUGCCAAGUUUGAUUCUAAUCUGCGGGUCUUAGUGGGAUUUGAAUUGGUGGCACGGUGGCAGUGUUCAGCCAUCAUAUACUAUUGAUUUGAAGGAAGGGCUCUUGUUUUGCUUUUCUUUUGUGGUAGUUUUGGAUGAUUGUAGUGGAUUGAGAUAGUAUAAACCAGUGUAGGUUAGUCUUGGAUACUCCUGAGACAUGGCAGGCAUUGACGUUUCAAAGUAUGCCCAUAGUCCUGUCCACAAAGCCGUAGUCAUGAAAGAUUAUGCUGGUCUCAGGAGGAUGCUUGCCGGCCUCCCACGGCUUUGUGACCCUGCUGAGAUUCAAACUGAAUCUGUUUCACUUUCCGAGGAAGCCAAAUCUGAUGCCAUCUCGGCGGUGAUUGAUCGGCGCGAUGUCCCAAGCCGUGAUACCCCUCUCCACUUGGCUGUCAAACUCGGUGAUGAGAUUGCAACCGAGACGCUUAUGCUUGCAGGUGCGGAUUGGAGCUUGCAAAAUGAACAUGGGUGGAGUGCACUCCAGGAAGCAAUUUGUAAUCGGGAGGAAGGGAUUGCAAGAAUCAUUGUUAGGCACUACCAGCCAUUGGCUUGGGCAAAAUGGUGUAGAAGGUUGCCUCGGUUGGUCGGGACAAUGAGAAGGAUGAGGGAUUUCUACAUGGAAAUCACAUUUCAAUUUGAGAGCUCCGUCAUCCCUUUCAUUUCGAGGAUUGCUCCUUCUGAUACUUACAAAAUUUGGAAGAGGGGUGCAAAUUUGAGGGCGGAUAUGACUUUGGCUGGUUUUGAUGGUUUUAGAAUUCAGCGUUCUGAUCAGAGUGUUCUUUUCCUUGGUGAUGGUUCCGAGGAUGGGAAGGUUCCUCCUGGGUCCCUUUGCAUGAUCUCACACAAAGAUAAGGAAGUGAUGAAUGCUUUGGAUGGUGCUGGUGCUCCAGCAACAGAGGCAGAGGUGCAGCAAGAAGUGGCUGCCAUGUCCCAAACCAAUAUAUUCAGGCCUGGCAUAGAUGUGACUCAGUCGGUUCUUUUGCCACAAUUGACAUGGAGGAGGCAAGAGAAAACAGAAAUGGUGGGUCAAUGGAAGGCUAAAGUGUAUGAUAUGCACAAUGUGGUUGUAAGCAUCAAAUCUAGAAGGGUCCCAGGGGCUAUGACAGAUGAUGAGCUAUUCUCAUCAUGCAAUGAAAAUGAGACAGAGGGCGAGGACCUUGAUGAUGUUCUAACAGAUGAAGAACGAAGGCAACUUGAAAAUGCUCUUAAGCUGGAUUCCUCAGAUCUGAGUAAUGAGAAUGGUGAUGGGAUUGUUGGACCCCGCCACAGUUGUUAUGAGCAAAGGGAGAUUCCCAUUGAGGAUGUAAAUGGCUGCAGAAAUGGAGAGACUAAGCAGGAAAAGAAAGGAUGGUUUGGUGGCUGGAGGAAACGGGAUACUAAACAUGAUGGGCAGAAAAGGGUUGCCCCUCCAAGAAGUUCCCUCUGUGUAGAAGAGAAGGUUAGUGAUCUGCUUGGGGAUUCACCAUCUAGAAGUCAGAACAAACCAGGAAGGCAUUCCAUGGAGGUUAUUGUGAAGGGGGAUGAGCAUCUGAGAGGAAGGGAUACAAGAACGUCUCCAUCUACAACUUCUGAUAGUGGUAAUCGCCGUAAGGAUGCAAGCCGGGAGAGUGAAUACAAGAAAGGCUUAAGGCCUAUUCUUUGGCUUGCCCCCAAUUUUCCGUUACGAUCUGAAGAACUCCUUCCGUUGCUUGACAUUCUUGCAAACAAAGUUAAGGCAAUACGACGGCUUAGAGAAUUGCUUACCACAAAACUUCCAAUGGGGACCUUCCCAGUCAAGGCUAGGUGUUACUGCCCUGGCAAUGCUUCAACCUGA